AUGAAUCAAUCUGUAGUCAGUUCAUUAUCUAUUUUUGAUUCCUAUUCACUCAAACAUGCAAAAAUAGAGGAUAUAGAUUUAGAUCAUAUUAAUUCAGAUUAUGUAAAGAAUAAAACUAUUAAUAAACAUAAUGAGAAAUAUGUGAAAAAUGAUGAAUUAGGAGAAAAUAUUACUAGUGAAAGCAAAAGAAGAG